UCCUUGAAGGAGAAAAGUAUAUAAAGUGAGUAGUCAUAAUAGUCCAGGUUAGCCGCAAGAUUUUUAAUCGGCAAGGAUGUCGUUCCAUUCGUUCAGCGUCGUUUUCGCGAUCGCGAUCACGUAUCUCUUCGUUAUUGUUGCCGGUCAAGUCAAACUUCCUGCCAAUGUAAAGACAUGCAAAAGAGGUACAGAUGAUUACUCGUCUUGUUUGAGAUUAGCUAUUCAAGAAUCAUGGCCUAUAUUUGUCAAAGGUAUUCCCGAACUUGGUUUACCUGUUUUGGACCCUUACUAUGACGACUACGAAAUGUUUGAAUUUGGAAGUAAUGAUAUACAUGGAAAAGCAGAAAAUUCUAAUGUUUAUUUUUAUGGUUUGAAGAAUAUAAAAUUUUUGGCGGUAAGACCGGAAUUUACGGACGAUCAAUUCAAAUUGGAGGUCGAUUGGUCUUUACCUAAGUGCUACAUUGAAGGAGAUUAUAAGAUUGAUGCUAAUUUGGUCAAUUUCAAAAUUGGUGGAAAAGGAUAUUUCAACGCAAGUAUGGAGGAUCUUAAGGUUACUUGGGAUAUAGUUGGUCCAGUUAAAGAUGAUAGAUGGAUAAUCGAACAUUUUAUUCCAAUCAUACAAAUAGGUAAAUUAAAAUUUUGGUGUAGCGAUCUUUUCAAUGGCAAUGAGCAAUUAACCAAAUCCACAAUAGGAUUUAUUAAUGAAUUUUGGCCAACGAUAUUUCAUGGAAUGUAUCCGUAUGUUAAAACCAAAUUGGACGAACUAUUUACCGAUAGCUUAAACCAAGUAUUCUCGAAACUUUCCUUCAACGAAGUCUUCCCUUCGGCAUAAAUAAUUUUUCUCAGGAGAGAUAAUUUUUAUCAAAGAUCGAAGAAAGACGAAAAAAUAAGGAAGGAAGAUGAAAGGAAAAAAAAUUUACAUAAAAUGAUAGAAUAUUAAAAAAUUCGUCUAGACACGCGUAUAAUUUAUGCGCAUUCAACUUAAAUGAUGGAAUAUAACAGUUAUUUUUUUUUUUUUUCCGUGGCAAGGACUCAUAAGAUAUUUCAAUAAUUGUUUUUGUGAAUUAUGUAUUAAAAUGAUGUAAAAAUUAAUCUGUUAGAGAUAUGUACGUCGAAUAUAAAAAUUCUGUUCUUUUU